GUCGGGCUUUUAUUUUGAAGUGUGGUACCGGAUGUUGACUCCGGCUGAAAUAACCUGACGGACGUUAGCUGCUGUUUCUUCUCUGUCACGCCACCUUCUGGACAAACCUUACACCUUCAGCCCCACCUCAGGUUUGUUCUGCACAGACCUCCUGCUGUGCUCUCAUCCUGCAGGCGAGGAGGUUAGGAGGCGAGGAGGCAGCAUGGACAAAGUGAGGAGGAUCCUGGUGUGUGUCUGUAAAGAGCGAGCGUCUCCUCAGAGAGCUCUGUUCGUUCAGAGUAUAACGGGUCACUUCAUCGACGGCGGAGACGACGAGGUGGAGGUGAACUGCUCUCUGGAGAAAAACCAGUUUGUUGUCUUCAGAGGAGAAAAAGGAGGCGGAGUUCCUCUGAAGAGACCCGCCUUCUGUCCCAUCAAACACCUGUCAGUCACAGAGGCCGCCGCCAUCUCAUUGGACGUCCAGCAGCGUGGAGUGGAUGUGGGCGUGGCCGUACUCCUGCAGACGGCCAAUCAGAGAGUGCUGCUGACGCGACGGGCAAAGGAGCUUCGAAUAUUCCCCAACGUCUGGGUCCCUCCAGGCGGCCACGUGGAGCUGGACGAGACGCUGCUGGAUGCCGGCCUCAGAGAGUUGAAGGAGGAAACUGGACUGAAACUGGAACCAGAGGAAGUUUGUCCAAAGAUACUGGGACUGUGGGAGUCAGUGUAUCCUCCCAUGUUGUCCAGAGGACUUCCUCAGAGACAUCACAUCGUCGUCUACAUGCUGCUGCACUCCUCCCUCUCUCACCUGCAGCUACAGUCCUCUCUGAGCCCGUCUCCGGCCGAGGUCAGCGCCUGUGUGUGGGCCGACGGUGGGCUGGUCAGAGCCGUGGUGUUGGCCGUGGACGGAGAGGACGGAGAGGUUGGAGUGGACGACCUGCCCGACACCGUAAGUGUGUCUCAGGUGUCUGCAGACGGAGGCCUCACUGACUCCUCUCUGCCGUUGGCGGUGUUUGUCAGCCGGGCGCCGGCCAGCGGCCCGGACGUGGAGCGGGUCAGCACCGGGACGAAGUUUGCCCUGGAGCUGUGGCUGAAGAGCUUAGAGACACCUGACCCCUGACCUCUGACCCCAGCGACCUAAACCCGCAGGCGACAGGAAGGACUGUUCAGGAUCUCUGUCACUGUCACUGUAAUUCUUCUGUACUUUGAAUCACAGUUUUCUAAUAAAACACAGCUGAAGAAACGACA